AUGCAACCCGCCAACCGCUACGCCGAAUGGGUCACCCGGCUCCGCCACCUCUUCCCGGACACCGACACGGAAACCUACACCAUCACCGCCACCCCGCGCGAGACCCAGUACCCCGGCGAGCUGACCCUGAAUUACACGGAGCUAACCGUCUCGACGCCCGUUCACGGCAUCUUUCUGAUCGUGAUCACCGCGCACCCGCGCGAGGAAAGCCAGCCCCACCCCACCGCCGCCCUGGCCCGGGACACCAUCCCGCCGGACAACUUCCUGGACGCCGAGCUGGCGCGCCGCAAGCGGCUGCUCUGGGAGUGCUGGCCGGUCGUCGUGCGCGACGGGCUGGACGUCGUCGGCUUGGUGGCCCUGGGCGCCGGCUGGGAGGGCGCCCCCGAGGCGGUCGUGGGCUUCCGGGUCGAUUACGAUGAGGAUCCUGGUGAGGAGGAGGAGGAGGAGGAGGAGGGCGAGGCCGGGCUGGUGGAGUGCGUGCGCGGGUUUGUGGGGGGCGAGGGCAAUCCACGGGCCCGGGAUGGGCUUGUUGAACGGUUUCUGGUGGGUGUGAGGGUCGCGUUGCGGUUUGUGCCUGGGUGUGAGACUGUGAGGGAGAGUGUGGAGGUUGUGGAGCUGGAUUAG